CGCGCGUACCUAUGACACGGUGGCGGGUAACCUGCUGCUGAACACUUCGAGCAAGCAGACCGCCUCUGUCACCGCGUGUUUGACGAUCCUCUCGUACACCGCCACAGGUGUGGUGUCAUCCGUGAGCGCGGGCGAGUACGUGCAGUACUCCCCCCUCUGCAGCGGACUGGACGCCGUGCCCAUCGCCGUGAGCAUCCUUGGCUUCUUCGCGGCCCUGAUGCUGAUGGGCAUGCAGGAGUCUUCCUUCGUGGCCACCCUGCUGUUCAUCUUCCACCUGUCCGUGUUGUUCAUGCUCACGUGCAUGUGCUUGCUCUUCGUGGCCGACCAGGGCCUCGGGCAGUUCCACGCCAACCUCCACUGGCCGCGGCAGCCUCCCGCCCUGGAGUCCAUCUUCUACGGCUUCUCCUCGGCGAUGCUCGGGGUGUCUGGGUUCGAGACGUCCGCCAACUUCGUGGAGGAGCAGAAGCCCGGGGUCUUCCCCAAAACGCUGAGGAACAUGUGGAUCUGUGUUUCCAUCAUCAACAUCGUCAUGCCGGCCAUCGCCUCCUGCGUCAUGACCAUGGACGAGCUGAACGGCCCCGAGUCUGGCUAUUCCCUGGCCUUCAUGGCCAACCGCGUGGCCGGGCCGAUCAUGCGCGACAUCGUUGUGGCGGAUGCCCUCCUCUGCCUCGCUGGUGCGGUGCUCACGAGCUACGUGGGUGUUGUCGGGCUCUUCCAGCGCAUGGCUGGUGACCGGUGCCUGCCCGAGUUCUUCUCUAUCACGAACUCUUGGAGAGGCACGCCGCACUAUACCAUUCUCGUGUUCUUCGGGGUGUGCUCAUCCAUGUGCGUCAUUCUCGAUGGUGACAUCACUCAGCUCGCGGCCAUAUAUUCCAUUUCGUUCUUGCUCGUGAUGGGCCUGUUCGCCUUCUGCGGGCUCAUGACAAAAAUCACCCGCCCGACGCUUCCACGACAGAUUACGUGCCACCCUGCACGAUUUAUCAUUGGGCUGACCAUGGUGUGCAUCGCAUUCACCGCUGUGGUUCUGAUUCAUCCUGACGUCCUGGCAUAUUUUUACAUCUACUAUGGUAUAACAGUGAUAGUUGUCAUGACGACGUUUGUCCGAGCAAGUAUUUUGACUGCCUUCUUGGGUAUGCUCAAUAGCUCUAAAAACACCCAGGCGAUUAUCAAGCACAUAGUGGACAUGGACGCCGUCCAUGCUUGGGCGACGACAAAGCUGCAGACACUAAGAAGUUUGGGGGUAGUUUACUUCACGAAGCAUGCCAACAUGAGCGAGCUGAACAGGGCCAUGCAGUACAUCGAGCAGAACGAGGACGCGCGGUGGGUGCGGCUGGUCCACGUCUACCAGACUCCCGAGUUGAUCCCCGAGUAUCUGCUGGAGUACACCCAGCUGCUCGACUGCGUGUACCCGCGAAUCAAGGUGGACUGCAUCCUGAACCAGUUCGCCCACCGGCUCGACAGGAUGGGUGGCGUGCGGAUCAUCCUGAACUCCGAGAGGGCCAGCCUGCUGGACAGCGUCAAGCCGUUCGCCCAGGCCGAUCCGCUGGACGAGGCCUGUGGCGUCACCCCGUACGACAGGAAGGCGAACAGGAGUGAUUUCUUGCUGCAGACGCCGCAGCUCGGCGACUGA